CUCUUGUGGCGAAAUCUCGAAGCUUCUUAGCAUUUUUGCGUUUUACAGAUGUUCUACUUAUUGCAUCAAAAAUUAGGCUUAUCAAUGUUUUAUAAGCUAAUUUUUCACUAUUAUCUCUAAAUAAGAAUGGCUGUAACAUUCGAGUCUGUUGUAUACCUGUGUUUUGUGGCAUUAUUAUGGGGUGGUACCAAUCCAUAUAUUAAAAAGGGAGCUGUAGGACUUGAAAAUGUGAAAGCAACUUCCAAAAUUGGUCAAUUUUUUAAAGAACUUGCAUUCCUUGUUACAAAGUUAAAGUACAUUGUGCCAUUUGUUAUCAAUCAAUGUGGUUCCGUACUGUACUUUCUAAUGCUGGCUGGUACCGAUAUAUCGUUGGCUGUACCAGUCACAAAUUCUCUUACGUUUGUAGUAACUGCAAUUACUGGAUCGAUGUUGGGCGAAGAAAAAAUACAUAAAAAUACAUAUAUUGGAAUGACACUAAUAUUGGUUGGAACAAUGCUUUGUUGUUGGGAUAAAAUAAACGAACCUACGUUAAGUUAGUUUUAUUCAAUAUUUUAAUGAUCAUAAUGAGAUAUUUGAUUAUUGCAGAUAAAACAUUAAAUUUAAUAACGUUGAUGUUAUGAUCGAACAAUCUCUUGUGGAAAUGCCAAAAGAAAAGUAUUAACUUUAUUUGAUAAUGCUGCAGAUGAGGGUAUAUUUCACCAUUUUUAUAAAAAUUUAAAUACGUUACAAACUUAACAUUGUAAGCAAUUUUUUUGGAUACAUGUAACCAUCGUGCAGGCUUCGUUUCCAAGAUAUUUGCGAGAAACUAUAGCUACUACUACAAUGAAUCCUGUGUAUACCUGCAUAUUUAUGGUAGCAUGUGUCAGCAUGAAACCACCAGUUAGCGAUGAGUAGAAAUGAGAAAAAAAUGUUAUAUAAACAUAGGUCUGAAAACUUCUUAUUAAAAAGUUAUAGAUGAAAUAUCAAAUGACAUCAUGCUCGGCUAGGGCAGCAUCGGGGCAGCAUUCAUAAUUUAUUAUUUAUAUUUAUGUAUUAUAUUUUAAUGUCAUCUAAAAUAUUUAAAUGAAAUAGAUUUAGAUUUGUUUCUUCCCAUGUUAAAAUUAAAUUACUCCUUUUAUUAAUUAUAUCUUGACAUAAUAAUAGAAAAAACAAUGCCAAUGCAAUUUCUUGAACAAUUUCACUAACUAUACAUAGUUAACUGAAAUGCACACAAAAAUGCAAAUGAUUGUACUUUAUUGUGGAUUAAUAAAAUUUUGUCAAGUUUA